AUGGUCCCUGCAGUUGAAGGUCGCCUUGCUAUCCUCGUUAUCUUAUCUAUUUCAUUUGUUGUCGUGACUGCCCUCAGGCGAUUCAUUAAGAGCAGACAGACCAAACCUUCCCUUCCUCCUGGCCCAGUGCCAAUCCCACUGUUAGGGAAUAUCCUAUCUAUCAAUACCAAAAAACCUUGGUUGACUUAUACUCGAUGUCAUGCUAUUUAUGGGGACUUGGUGUUCGCGCGGAUUUUGGACCAGGAUACGGUGGUGAUCAAUUCACAACAUGUUGCACAAGCCUUACUGGAAAAGCGCUCUUGGAUUUACUCCGAUCGACCAUACGUGGCCACAGUCGAGCCAUGUGGCUGGUCAAUCAACUUUGGAUUCACAGGGUGUAAUGAUGAAUGGCAUCGUUGCCGACGACUCUUCCACCAAACUUUCCGUCCUGAUUCUGCACUCAAGUUUCAUCCGAUGCAGAUGAGACGGGCUCGUGAGAUGAUCGUCAACCUAAUUGAUGACCCUCAACAUUAUCAUUCCCACUUUGCAACAUUCACGUCAUCAAUUGGGAUGUCUACUAUAUAUGGCUACCAGCCCAGCGCUCGUGAUGAUCCCCUGGUUCAAAUUAUGGAAAAUGCAUUGAUUGUCGGCCUUGAGAUGAUGACCCCAGAGAGAGCAGCCCUGCUCAAGGCCUUCCCCUUCUUACUGAAGUUACCUGACUGGUGUUGGGGAUCCUCGAUUAAACGCGAUGCUCGAACUUCGACCAAUCGCAUGAGGGAAAUGUCAGACGUGCCGUUUCGGUAUACGCAACAGCAUAUGGCCGACAGCUGGUCACUUGAACGAUUGUCGAUAGUGGCAGAAAAUCUGCGACAGAUUGAGAAGCAAGAUGAGGCAUCCAAACCAAUGUCGGAUACUGCUUUGAAGAAAACCGCUACUACUGCUAUGAUAGGUGCAUAUGAUACAACUACUUCAACCCUGAUGGCUUUUGCUCUCGCUAUGGUGUCUUACCCAGAUGUUCAACGACGCGCGCAAGCGGAGCUCAACUCAGUGAUUGGAAGAGAUCGCCUACCUGCAUUUGAAGACAGAGCAUCACUACCAUAUGUUGAAUCAAUUCUGCGGGAGACUUUGCGAUAG